AGAAAAGUAUUACGAUUCAGUACAAGUUACAAUCGUUGCUCCAACAGCUGGUCUAAGAUCAUUCUGGGUGAUAGAUAGGACAAUAAAAGCCAAGUCUUACAGUGGAUUUUCAGCCUCAGAGUUCCAGAAAUAUUAAAAAUGGCUGAAGGUGGAGAAGUGGAGAAAGCUGAAGACUUUAGUUUUGCAGUUUCUGUGUCUGCUGAACCUGGAGAAGAUGUCAUCUUACCUGUUCAUCUCUCACUUGACACCAGUGCUGUGUCCAUGAACUUCUGCUGGUAUAGAGAGUCACAGCUCAUUUAUCAGUAUAAGGACGGGCUGGAGAGUCCAAGUAGUGACUAUGAGAACCGAGCGAGUCUGUCUGUCCAGGAGCUGGAGAGAGAAAAUCUUUCUCUGUCUUUGAGAAAUGUCCAGGAGUCAGAUUCAGGAGACUAUACAUUGCAAGUACAUCAGCAUGGAUGUCUGAAGACAGUAAUAGUUCACCUACAAGUGAGAGGGAAAAGGCAGUUGCAGAGAGAGAUAGAACAGAGAGAGGAGAAAUGUAAACUGGAGAGACAGAUAAUGAAACUGGAACUGGAGAAACAGAUAAAGGAACUGGAAAUGGAGAAACAGAUAAUGAAACUGGAACUGGAGAAACAGAUAAAGGAACUGGAAAUGGAGAAACAGAUAAAAGAACUGCAACUGGAGAAACAGAUAAGGGAACUGGAAAUGAAGAAACAGAUAAAAGAACUGCAACUAGAGAAACAGAUAAGGGAACUGGAACAGGAAAAACAGAUAAAGAAACUGGAAGAGGAGAAACAGAUUAAGGAACUGGAAGAGGAGAAACAGACAACGGAACUGAAAAUGGUGAAACAGAUAAUGAAACUGGAAAUGGAAAAACAGAUAAAGGAACUGGAAAUGGAGAAACAGAUAAAAGAACUGCAACUGGAGAAACAGAUAAGGGAACUGGAAAUGGAGAAACAGAUAAAAGAACUGCAACUGGAGAAACAGAUAAGGGAACUAGAACAGGAGAAAUGGAUAAAGGAACAGGAAGAUGAGAAAUGGAUAAAAAAUCUGGAAAUGGAGAAACAGAUGAAGGGACUGGGGAGAUUGAAUGAGAAUCUGGAGAGACAAACAAAUGAACUUUCCUCACCCACUCAUGCAUUACAUGGUGGUGUGCCUAGACGAAGGAAUAGUCUUCAUGGAAUUCCCCCAUACAUGAGUGAUGAUGGCACACCAGAGACACCUGAAACAGAAGAGGACAGAGAGACCAUAGACACAGUGGAAAGAGUGAUCAAAAGUGGUGAUCAAAACAUAUGAACAAGAGGAGGGAAUACUGCAACUGAGCAAGAGACCCUGAUAUACAGUCACAUGUACAAGAAAAAUACACAAGAUCACAGUCAGUCUCAUCACUACCAGGAGAAACAACACAAACACCAUAGAGAUCUAGAAGACUUUUCCACAGACUAUGCUGACGUGUUUUCAAGGUCAUCAGCAUCCUAAAUCCUGCAGUUUAAAGGUGACCUCUGACUAGAGAUCGAGUUAUUUUAAUUCAAGGGUAUACAGAUCUAUGAGGACUAUACAAAGUAUCUUAGCUAGAAUAAGCAUGCAUGUGACCAUCUAAGGUUUAAGUCAAACUCUGUUUAGUGACUAAAAACUGCUAUAUUAUAGUUAUAUAUAGUGUACAUUUAUAACACUGUGCUAUUGAAGUAGGUAGGAUAGAUGGGCUUGUAAAGAGCUUGCUGUACAGGAUUUAGAUUCUGUUUCACACCAAUCAGUGGUGCCUGAUGAGUGCAUCCAGAGCUGCCCAAUAAUAAUAUAAGAAAUUAGGGAGAGCUAAACCUCCAUCAGUCCUAUUCAGUCCUCCAUCAGUCGAAUCCUAGGGGUUUUCCCAUCCCAUAUAAAAUUGGAAAUAAUUUGUCUAAUCUAUUGAAAAAUUCCUUGGAUAAGAAGAUGGGAAUGCAUUGAAAUAAAUAUAAGAAUCUCGGAGGAACUGUCUUUUUAACAUUGUUCACCUUACCAGCAAGGGCAGAGAUGCCCAAACUAGGGCCCGCGGGCCAAAGUUGGCCCGUGGUAUCCUUUGAUUUGGCCCGCCAUACCGUCCGGGGAGAGGGGAUUUCUUUAAAAUGCAAAACUUAACAAAUAAAACUGCAUUAGUUAAUCAGAUUGAAGUUGUUUUAUAUUUAUUUUAAAUAUUAUAAAACAAAUAAACCCAUAGCAACUUUAAUGUAAUACCGUUUGAUUUAUGAUGCUAAAAUUUAUUUUUGGCCCACGGCCCACAAUCAAGUUUGAUUUUUGGCCCUUCGUAGGAAAAAGUUUGGGCACCCCUGGGUUAGAUGAAGAAUCCUCCAUUUUUGGGUUUCCAUUGGGUUUUCUUUUUUUUUUUUUUUUUCUCCAUUUUUGAAUUCCUCCAUCAAAAGCGGAAUAAAAUAAUUUUUUUAAGUUAUGUGUAAUACUGAUACCCAGAUAUUUAAACACAGAUCUUGCCAAGCAAAAGGGAAACGCAGAGUCAGGCAGAUGCCUGGCAAGUGUGUAAACAGGCAUGCAUUCACUUUUAGAGAUAUUCAAUUUAUAGCCUGAGAAAGUUCCAAAAUUGUGCAAGAUUUUGAUCAUAUCUUUUAUACAUGAUAAAUGAUCUGAGAUGUAAAGAAGCAAGUCAUCACCGUAUAAUGAGAGCAUAUGUUCAAUACCCAACCUGAUUAUACCAAUUGUAAACAAAAUGGGGCUUACUGGGCUUCCCUGCCGAGUGCCCCUUGAUAAAGAAGCUUUUUUUCGCCAUUUAUUAACCACUGAAGCAACCAGGGAGGUGUACAGAAGACGGGUCCACUCUAUAAAUCUGAGGCCAAAUCCGAACCUAUCCAUAGCAAAAAAAAAAAAAAAAAGAUAGUCCCAUUC